AUGGACGUGUACGUUCAGAUUACGAGCCUGGACUCGGGGAGAACACGUGGGGUCAAGGCGCUGCUCGAUAGUGGGUGCAGUACCUGCUGCAUUGACACUGACUAUGCACGAGCGGAGAAAUUGGACAUCCAAGAGCUUCCACAACCCAUUGUGGCGCGUAAUACCGACAACACCGAGAACAUCAGCGGCCAGAUCACACAUUACAUUGACUUGAGGAUGAGAAUUGGUCCUCAUGUGGAGACCCGCACGUUCCUCCUGACAUGUCUAGGAAAAGCCUGGAUCUUCAUUGGUCUUGAUUGGCUGACAGAACACAACCCCGAGGUGGACUGGCAGGAGUAG